GGGCGCGCGGUGCUCGUUUCCGCAGGUUCUACGUCAUCAGUACGAGCCCCGAGCUAGCGGCGCCGUGGUGUGGACUUUUCUGCGAUUUUCCUCCUUUUUCUGCAAUUUUGCCCUUUAAUCUUCACUUCAACGACAAACCAUUCAAAUAGUUUCAGUUUUAUGUUUAAAUAAGCUGUGUCCCUGGGGUGAAACUUCGCAUCACGUUGCCAUGGCAUCUCCGGGGGGACAAGGCGGAGCUCUGUCCACGCGAGAGAGAGGAGCUGGGGCGGCCAGGAGGAUGAAGUGGACUUUGGAGCUCAGCAUGGGCAACACCAGGAGCCGUUCGGAUCGUCAGGGUGGGCAGGGUGAUGUGGUUUACCCCAUCGGUUACUCUGAGAAGCCUGUACCAGACACCAGCAUCCAGGAGACUGACAAGAACCUGGUGGAAAAGCGCUGCUGGGAUGUGGCUCUGGGUCCUCUGAAGCAGAUCCCCAUGAAUCUGUUCAUCAUGUACAUGUCGGGGAACACCAUCUCCAUCUUCCCCAUCAUGAUGGUCUGUAUGAUGGCCUGGAGACCCAUCCAAGCCCUGAUGUCCAUGUCAGCAACAUUUAAACUGCUAGAGAGCUCGAGUCAGCAGUGGCUGCAGGGCCUGGUGUUCCUGGUGGGGAACCUUCUGGCAUCAGCUUUGGCCAUUUACAAAUGUCAGUCUAUGGGCCUGCUGCCCACGCACUCGUCCGACUGGCUCGCCUUCAUUGAGCCGCCACAGCGGUUGGAGAUCAUGGGAGGAGGGAUGGUGUUGUGAAGAAAUCCUGUUCAUAAUUACAGAGUUUAAAGCUGUACAUAUUGUUGGUUGUUUUCAUAUUCUAUCAGAUUAAUUCUAAAAAUGGGUUGCAUUUAUGUAGAAUUUGUUUGGGAUUGACUUCACAAAAUGGCUAUAGUAAACUUACACUUUAAAGUUCUUUCAACUCACAACACUCACAUAUUUGUUGUUGAAUAGUGGCGCCACUUUCUAAAGCUAUUGUAAAAAAAGAAAGAUUUAACAUAUGUUUAUUUAUGGUGACAGAGAAGAUGUUAAACUUUGUUCCAGUUUUUGUGGAUAGGUCCAGUAAUUACAGAGAUAUUAACCAUGAACCAGGACUAAACCUCUUAUUUUGUGGCCUAUAAAUGAUAUGACACAUUCUGUUUAGCCACUUUCAGAUUUCUUCAGACUGUUUCAUUUUAACUGUGCCCAUAAAUGAAAUAAAAAUUUGGACUUGUUGACCAC